AUGAAGGUUACCGCCAUUUUCCUCAGCGCCUUUGUUGCUGCUGCUCUUGGUGUGCCUACUGGCUAUGUCCUUCACGAGAAGCGUGACUAUGUUCCCACCAAGCGCGGUGCUUUGGCUGGUGAUGAGACCGUCCCUGUUAGCAUUGCCUUGAAGCAGACCAACUUGGACAAAGGAAUGGAUCUGCUAAUGGAUGUGUCCGACCCCGACUCUGCCAACUAUGGCAACCACUACACCCAGGACCAGAUCCAAGCCAUGUUUGCUCCCCCGGAGGAGUCUGCGCAAGCUGUCAAGAGAUGGCUGGUUGAUGCUGGCAUCCCGGCCGAUAGUAUCAGCUCCCCCAAGUCUCAGGGCUGGUUACACUUCAGAACCACCGUCUCCAAGCUCGAGGACCUUCUCAAGACCAAGUACAACGUUUACGAAUUCCAACCCGGAUCGGAGCACUUUGGCGCCGAGGAAUACCAUCUCCCCGCUAAUGUUGCAGACCACGUCGACUUUAUCCAACCUGCCGUGGCCAUGACCAGGAUUAAGCGUGGUUCAACAGAGGGAAAGACGCCCAACAUGAUUGCCUACAUGGAGGCCGCUUCCAAGACACUUGCGACUGGUGGUUGUGAUACAUCCAUCACUCCCGACUGUAUCAAGAAGAUGUACGGCAUCCCCGCUGGCACAUCCAAGCUUGCAGGCAAUGAGCUCGGCAUGUUCGAGUCGGACGGCGAGAAGCAUACACAGGCCGACCUUGACCAGUUCUAUGCCUCCUUUGCAACCAACAUCCCCAAGGGAUUCGGUCCCAAGGAGAACUUUAUUGACUUUAACGGCAACAACCCUGACGGUAGCGAGGCAGGAGGCGAAGCAGCGCUGGACUUCCAAGUCUCACUACCUGUUGUCUACCCGCAAGGUUCCAUCCUCUACCAGAGUCACAGCAACUUUGACGGUAACCAACGUCUCGGCUUCCUCAACCAGUUCCUUGACGCUGUGGAUGGCUCCUAUUGCACAAGCGGUGGAGGUGACGACCCUACUGUCGAUGGUAAGACUGCCAAUGAAGCCUGUGGCACCUUCAAGCCUGCCAAUGUCAUCUCCUUCUCGUACGGGCUUACAGAGGCAGCCUGGCCUACUAGCUACCUCAAGCGUCAGUGUGAUGAGUUUAUGAAGCUUGGUCUCCAGGGAACCUCGCUCGUGUUUGCGUCUGGCGAUGGCGGUGUUGCUGGUGGCCACGGCGGUGACUGUGAUGGUACCAAUGGCGACAUCUUCAAUCCGGCUGCCCCAGGCAGUUGCCCAUACGUUACCUCUGUUGGCUCGACCGAGUUACGUACUGGCGCCCAGCCUGGAGAUCCCGAAAGCGCCACGAGCCGCUUCUCUGGUGGCGGUGGCUUCUCCAACAUCUGGACUACACCUGACUACCAGUCCUCGGCCGUCAGCAGCUACUUUGCUAACCACAACCCGGGAUUCACAAGCUACAACACGUCCGACAACAAGAUCCCCACCAACAGUGGUAUCUACAACCGUGCGGGCCGCGGAUUCCCCGAUGUUGCUGCUGUGGGCGAUAAUGGCCUCAUUGUAUUCCAAGGCAGGCAGGUUCAUAUUGGCGGUACCUCCAUGUCGUGCCCUAUCUUUGCGGCUAUUCUUAACCGUAUCAACGAGGAGCGUCUCAAGGCCGGCAAGAAGGUUAUUGGCUUCGCCAACCCGGCGCUCUACAAGAACCCGGCCAUGUUCAACGACGUAACCCUGGGAGCACACAGUGGUAGCGGUACCUGUAAUGGCAAGGGAUUUAAGGCUGUGGCUGGCUGGGAUCCCAUUACUGGACUCGGCACUCCUCGCUACGCCGAUAUGGUCAAGUACUUUACGUCUCUGUAACUGGCCUUGCCUACCUUGAAGAGCCGAG